GGUUUCGUCACAAUCUCUCCCUACUCUCUCCCAAUCCUCUAUUCAAACGAGAAUUCUGUUCGAGGGCCCGGAAUUUGGUGAUGAAAAGGAAGAUGGUAAUGAGAAUAAAAUCCCCCUACCAACAUUCUCUCUCUACAAAACAAAAAAACUUGUCUUGUUUUUUUGUUUCUCUCUCUUUCUCUUUCUCUCUCUUUCUCUCUCCCCUCAAUGGGUUUUCUCUUUGAUAGAGCUUCGAGCUUCAAUUCUUCAAUGGCGACUGACUAAUUCCACCCUUCAUUUCCAACAAAGCUUUCUUUCUCUCACAGUUUCAUGGAGGAUUGAAUCAGAGCUCAGGCCAAACGACGCCGUUUUCCGAUGCAGAUUUGAAGAUGUGUUCGCCAUUUGCUGAUAUUGAUGAUCUUCAUAAGAUGGAUGAACGUAUACUCUCGGUCCUGCCGGUGUAUGAUUCGAGUUUCGACGAGCAGCGAGGUGAAAGACGUUGGCAAGAGAGCUCUGAUAUGGCUGCAGAUCAAGGUUUUAUCUUUGAUGGCUGUCAAGAUGUAAUCAAUGGAAGAACAAUGGCUGUUGCUCUGAUAUCACAAACUGAGCCAGGUUGUGCAAGUCCUGAAGUUCAUGAGAUUGAGCCUGAGAAAAGCCUUGCAGAUCAUCUAAAUGGACAUUUAAGCAUAGACCAAGAACAUCAUACUGCUAAACUUCAAGAAAAUGGAGAUGCUUCCAUGGAAUCCUUUGAAAGCAAAGUUUCAUCAUCCGAAAGUGCUGAAUCAGUCGGAAACAGUCUUCAUCGUUGUCGUUAUCAAGGAACGUCGCGUCGUCGACGAGCCCCAAAGUUUCGUCUAUUGACCGAAUUGCUAGCAGAAAGUGAAAACAUGAAAGCUAAACAACCUGAAAGUUCUCCAUCCAAUGUCACUCCCAAGGCAUCACUGCAGGCAGCUCCGAAGUCCGUAAGGCCAUCUCGAACAAGUAAGUAUGCAGCCGAUCGUGCUGCUAUCUUAGCACAUGACAACGAGUUUUCGAGCCGAAAUUCACGGUCGACGUUGUUGAAUGCCAUGGAAUCUAAAUCUAGCACAUCUAAGAAUCCAAAUUCAAGCAAGGAGUCUCUCAAUAACUAUGCCAAUCCACAAAGGAGCCACAAACGAAUCCGUCGUCGUCGUCGAGGAGAAAAUGAGCUGCCAUCCGACCGUGGGUCGUCCGAUGACAUCCCGAUGGAAAUCGUUGAACUAAUGGCGAAGAAUCAAUACGAAAGGCGUAUUUCUGAUGCAGACAAUCAUAUGCUUUGGCAUAAUGCUUCUGUUCAUUCUCAAGAGGAAUCAUCAAAUGGUUAUGAUAUACAAUCUUCUGAAGGAUUCAUAGAUCAUUUACCUGUUUCAGAACAGAACAAAGAACAAGCUUGUUCAUGGUCUUCUUUUGAAGUACAUAGCCACAAACUUGCAGAGAGUUCAUUUCCUAGCCGUCCUAACGUGGUUGAGCGUCAUCAAGAUCGUGUCGAUUCGAACGAGUUGUACUCGAACGAAACCAUAUCAGCAAUGCACUUGCUUAGCCUCAUGGAUGCCAGGACUCCAUCUAAUGCACCCUUCCAGCUUAGUACAGGAUUUGAAACCGAUACCAAUUUCUCCGGUCGGGCUGUCUCUAAGUCUCGAAAUGGAUCGAAAAUGAAAUGCUCAGCUCCAUCUGCGUCGAGCAACGACCGAAAGCCGUUAACAGGAACUCUGAAGGACAAGACAAGCAUUUCUGAGACUGAAACAUGUAGUGUCAACAAAAAUCCUGCAGAUUUUAGCUUUUCUGAAGCAGGAAAUACAUACAUGAUUGGAGGUAGAAGUCCUGUUUCUAAGAACAGAUCUAGCUCUGUUCGUUCCGAUGAUCGGUCCAAACGGCCGAGAAUCGAGUAGCACGAUACCGAAAGGCUACAUGGAUCAAAUAGACACAGAUAAAUCUGGUGCAAUCCUUCCUGGAAGGAUGUUUGGACAUAUUUACAGCUUGUUUUGAGCAAAUUUCUGCUAACUGAGCCAUCCUUAGCAUAGUAACAAGAUCUUGGUGUCUUCAUGGGCUAUGGGGAAGGCUGCUAGAAAUUCUGGCUUUUGUACUUCUAGUUUUUUAUUUAUAAUAUGUUCAGAGUAUAUUUGUAA